AUGAGCAGACAAGUCAGCAAGACAUCUGGCGGUGGCGGCCAGGGCUUCUCGGGUCGCUCUGCCGUGGUCUCAGGAAGCAGUAGGAUGAGCUGUGUGGCCCGCUCGGGGGGAGCCAGCGGAGGGGCCUGCGGGUUCCGGGGUGGGGCGGGUGGCUUUGGCAGUCGCAGCCUCUACAGCCUGGGUGGCAACAAGAGCAUCUCCAUCAGCGUGGCCGGUGGCUCCCGGGCUGGUGGCUUUGGGGGAGGGCGUAGCAGCUGUGGCAGUGGCUUUGGGGGUGGCUAUGGAGGUGGCUUUGGUGGUGGCUUUGGUGGUGGCAGAGGAAUGGGAGGUGGCUUUGGAGGGGCUGGUGGCUUUGGAGGGGCUGGUGGCUUUGGUGGGUCCGGUGGCUUUGGUGGGCCCGGUGGCUUUGGUGGGCCCGGUGGCUUUGGUCCUGACCCCGUUUUCCUAGCUGUGAAACAGGGGAAGGAAAGGGAAUCCAGUUCCCAAUUUCCUUCUAGGGAUAGGACUAGGGAAAAUGAAGUGCGGUUCCUGGAGCAGCAGAACAAGGUCCUGGAGACCAAGUGGAACCUGCUCCAGCAGCAGACCACAGGCACUGGCUCAGGCCCCAACAACCUGGAGCCUCUCUUUGAAUCCUACAUCAGUUUCCUACGCAGGCAGUUGGAUUUGGUUCUGGGGGAGAGGGGGAACCUGGAAGGAGAGCUGAAGAACAUGCAGGACCUCGUGGAGGACUUCAAAAAGAAAUAUGAAGAUGAGAUCAACAAGCGCAAUGCGGCUGAGAAUGAGUUUGUGGGGUUCAAGAAGGAUGUGGAUGCUGCGUACAUGAACAAGGUGGAGCUACAGGCCAAGGUGGACAGCCUGACAGAUGAACUGAACUUCCUGAGGACCCUCUAUGAGAUGGAGCUGUCUCAGAUGCAGAGUCAUGUCAGUGACACGUCCGUGGUCCUGUCCAUGGACAACAACCGCUGCCUGGACCUGGACAGCAUCAUCGCCGAGGUCAAGGCCCAGUAUGAGGAAAUUGCCCAGAGGAGCAAGGCAGAGGCUGAGGCUCUGUACCAGACCAAGCUUGGGGAGCUGCAGACCACGGCCGGCAGGCAUGGAGAUGACCUCAAGAACACUAAGAGUGAGAUCAUGGAGCUCAACAGGAUGAUCCAGAGGCUGCGGGCCGAGAUCGAGAAUGUUAAGAAGCAGAACGCCAACCUGCAGGUGGCCAUCGCUGAAGCUGAGCAGCGUGGGGAGCUGGCCCUCAAGGACGCCAAUGCAAAGCUCCAAGAGCUGCAGGCUGCCUUACAGAAGGCCAAAGAUGACCUGGCCCGGCUGCUGCGGGACUACCAGGAGUUGAUGAACGUGAAGCUGGCCCUAGACAUGGAGAUCGCCACCUACCGCAAGCUGCUGGAGGGCGAGGAAUGCAGGAUGUCUGGAGAGUGUCAGAGUGCUGUGUGCAUUUCGGUGAUCAGCAAUGUCACCAGCACCAGCAGCGGCUCUGCUGGAAGCCACGGAGGGGUCAGUGCCAGCAGCAGCGGUGGCUACAGAGGCGGCAGCAGCAGCAGAGGCAGCAGUGGUGGCUAUGGAGGGCUCAGUGGUGGCAGCAGCGGCGGCUACCAGAGUGGCAGCAGCGGGGGCAGGCUCAGCAGCGGAGGCAGCAGCUCUGUGAGCCGGAGUGGAAUUGGCUCCGCCUCUGGUGGCAUCCAGACCUCGGGAGGCAGCAGCUAUAAGUCUGGCAGUGGAGGCAGCACCAGCAUCCGCUUCUCCCAGACCACCAGCUCGAGCCAGCACUGCUCCAAGUGA